UAAGAUUCCUUGACUAGAACACGGAAGUAGGAUUAGAAACGAGUUUGUUUUGGCAAUAAUUUAGUGGAGUAAAAAUAAGACAUACUGACUGAACUAAAUAGGCCACCCAACUCUCAUUCGACUGAAAAUGUCUAAACUACAAUUGUUGCGUUUGUUUUUAAAUGAGCGUUUAACGGCGGCUGCUGUGGAGAUUUUCGGGGCAGUUGAGAAAACGGUGGUGGAGUACCAGGAGGAGAAUGAUCGGCUACGGAGACUGCUGCGGAAUCGAAUCACACCGGAGAUAAAACUAUGUAGAAUAGACUCCCUGCAGCUCUCUGUCUCUGAAGAGGAGGUUCCCCCUGAGCAGCAGCACUGUGAGCAGGAGUGGAGCCCCAGCCUGGGGCAGGAGGACCCAGAGACCACACUGAUUAUAGACGAAGAGGAGGAAGUCAGGACCAGUCAGGAGGAGGAGCAGUUUCAAGGUCUAGAGCCUGAUAUAGAGUUCAUAUUCACUCCUUCCUGUGUGAAAAGUGAAUGUGAUCAGGAGGACCCACUUUGGUCCUUGACUCUUCCCCAAACCCAGACUGUGGAGAACAGAGAGAGUCACUCUAAACCAGUGGAUCUCAAACCUUUUGGCACUGUGACCCACUUAAAGGGUCUCGACAUUCCCUGUGACCUUCCAUAUAAUCGUAACAUUGCCUCCAGCUACAGCUCAGCCGUAAGCAGCGACCUAGUAGGGCUUGACAUCAGACCACCAUUUGAUCCCAACGCACCAAUGGGGGAACCCUGCAUCUGCCCCUUUUGUGGCAAGACCUUCAAACAAAAAGGAAAUCUGUCCAUGCACAUGAAGAUUCACACAGGAGAGAAACCUUUUAGCUGUGGUGACUGUGGGAAACGCUUCAAUCGCAAGGAGCACUUAACCAGACAUAUACGCAUUCACAGAGGAGAGAAACCAUUCAGCUGUCAUUUUUGCUGUAAAAGCUUCAAUCAGAAAGGGGACCUAAGGAGACACAUACUGACUCACACAGGGGAGAAACCAUUUAGCUGUGGUGACUGCGGUAAAGGCUUCAUUCGCAAGGAGCAUCUAAUUGCACAUAUACGGACUCACACAGGAGAAGUGUCGGUGUCAAGCAAAGCCUAACCAUGCAGAAACUGGCAAAUAGAUCUCUGAUGGAUUUACUGUCGUAAAACAUUGUAAAUAAAGUUUGAUUUGAAUGAUGAGGUAAUGAUCAAACUAGGGGUGCACCGAUAUGACAUUUUUGGCCGAUACCGAUAACCAAUAUUACCAUUUUUUGCGGACAUUUAAGCAUUCUAGUACAGUUAAAGAGUUAACACAUACACAUGGACUCAGUGGUCUAAGGCACUGCAUCUCUGUGCAAGAGGCGUCACUACAGUCCCCGGUUCGAAUCCAGGUUGUAUCACAUCCGGCCGUGAUUGGGAGUCCCAUAGAGCGGUGCACAGUUGGCCCAGCGUCGUCCGGGUUUGGCCGGGGUCGGGCCGUCAUUGUGAAUAACAAUUUGUUCUUAACUGACUUGCCUAGUUAAAUAAAGGUGACACUGACCAAAAAAGUUAUUUAUUUGGCAUUUACAUAUGUCCCCAUUUACCGGUAAAACAUCAUCAAAACCUAUUUCUUUCACUUACUUGCUGUGCUGAUUCGUUAAUUUGUUCAGUAGUUUCAUUCCCAACCAGAAUUUCAUCAUACGUGUAUUAUGUAUUAUCAUGUAAACAUGAUUACGAGAAUGAAACGACUCAAGUGUAAUUUCAGCUGUCUGUCUGUCCGUGGCCUCUCUUCCUCGGUGCGCAAUGUCACUGUGUCCGUUUCCAUCUUGUCUAGCGUCAGAUGAAGUGAGGAAGAACAGAUAUCACUAAAGUUCUGUCUAGCAUCAGAUGUGUGAGGAGGAGACCCAGCAGAGGAGAAAGGGUUAAAUACCAGUGCUUGUGUGAAUAUGUCUUGGUCUAAUGCAGCUGUGCGACCCGGUGGGUGAAUAAACUUGGUUUGAGUUUUAAUAAUC